UGUUCUGUAGUAUCAUCCAUGGGAAAUUCCUCCAUUUCUCAUCUCAUUCAAUAAAAGGGUUUUACGCAUCGCCCCCUUUAUUCAUUUUUCUACUUUGAAUUUCUCGAUUCACCUUACAUAAUCUACUUUUGAGAAAAAAUUCCAUCAAAGUUUCUUCGUUUUCUGUGUUAAAAAGUUUGGAUCUUGGUAAUGACUGUAACUCCGGUGGGCAAUCAGGUGGUGGAAGUUCCACCGUUGAAUACUUUACCCAUUGGAUAUCGUUUUCGUCCUACGGAUGAGGAGCUUAUCAAUCAUUAUUUGUGCUUGAAGAUCAAUGGUUGUCAUGAUCAAGUGGGUGUUAUUCGUGAAAUUGAUAUCUGCAAAUUCGAGCCCUGGGAUUUGCCUGAUUUGUCUGUUGUAGAGUCAAAUGACAACGAGUGGUUCUACUUCUGCCCGAUAGACAGGAAGUACCAAAAUGGGCAGCGAUUGAACCGAGCAACAGAACGAGGAUACUGGAAAGCUACUGGUAAAGAUAGAAACAUAGCUACUAGAAAGGGGGCAAAGAUUGGGAUGAAGAAGACUUUGGUGUACUACAAUGGGCGAGCUCCUGAAGGGAAGAGGACCAAUUGGGUGAUCCAUGAAUAUCGUGCAACUGACAAGUCAUUGGAUGGUUCACGCCCUGGACAGGGAGCCUUUGUGCUUUGUCGUCUCUUUAAGAAGAAUGAAUUGAAGCAAGAUGAAAAUGUCGAAAGUUCACAUUUUGAUGAAGUUGAACAUCUUGUUUCUUCUCCUGCUGUUGGAAUAUCACCAACCGAUGAUGGAUUAUCAGCACUGGCUCUAUCUCCAAUCAUGGAAAGUGAGAGUAAUAAAAGUAACCCACCAAAAACCUCUGGAUGCAAAACUCAUGACACAAGAUUAUCUAUUGAUAGUUGUGGCAAUAGUUGCACUGCUGGUGAUGGUGAAGAUUUGAUGGUGGACAUAACAUCAGGACAACCAGAUCUCCAGAUAGAGGAAUUGUUGGGACUCUUUCGCGACCCUUCACCAGAGCCUAUUGAUUGGUCUCCGUUGCAUUCACAGUCGCAGGUGGAGUUUGGAUCUUCUAUCUCACAUGGUACCAUGAGCAAUGAGAUAAACUGUGAUCAAAAGGAUGUCCAGUGUCAGAAUGGAAUAAAUGAUCUCAAUACGAAUGAGUUUCUAAAUUCAAUUCUUGUCAGCUCUGAUGAGUUUUCAUAUGAAGAUUCUGAAAAGGAAUUGAGGUCAAUGUGGUUUGCCUCAAACAGUAUUAACACUAUAACAACGGCACCAGUUACGGACUCUGGAACGUGUAGUGUGUUGAAGUCACAAGUCACACAAGAGCCAGUUAGGAGAGAUAUAUUUGAACCUGAGCUGCUGUUGGGAAAUUGUGGAGAGACUGCAUUAAUGAGAGAGGUUAAUUCUGUUGCAACCACAGUGGACGAUGUGUUUGCAACACCUUAUGUUCGCAAUGAUCACUCAAUGGGGAAUGUAGGCACUGAUUCUGCUUUUGGAAUAACACUAAGGACUCGGCGGACGCAGAAUCAACCUGACAACAGCCAGCUGGGAUCUGGAAUGCAAGGAACUACUGUUAGAAGAAUACGUUACCAAGUGAAACUUCAAGCCGGAAGAGUAGAGCGUCGCAUGCCAACUGAUUCUGAUCAGGGUGGAGCAAAUCAUGAAGGACUGUCAGCUGUAUCUGAGAGUGAAAAGUUCUCCAAUGAAGAUAGUUCUUCUUUGAGUGCUGCUAUCUCCAGUGAUGUGACACAAGAUACCAUGUGCAAAGAAUUUGAAGGGGAUCGUCAAAUGGCUGAAGACUUGAGUGCAAAUGUGAAAGAUAGAAAUGGUUUAAAGAGAGCAGCAUUGUCUUCGUUUUCAUUCAGUUUCUACAUAUCCAAGGUGUUCGCUGUUGCAAGUUUACUCAUAGUCUUCUUAGGUGUUUGUGGAUGCUUUAAGCUGAGACAGUCUGCAUCCAAAUUGUAGCUUCUUGUAACUGGCUUAACAUGUUUUGUUGAUUUUAUCUCCUUUUCAAAUACUGCAAAGGAGCUAAAGUUGAGAAAACUUAGAAGUUACUACUAGUGUAUACUUUAUAUUAUAAUUAGCUUGUUUUGUACAUUACUAGCACUAUAUUGUGUAAGGAGAUCUAGUUACUUUAGACUUUUUCCCAAAAAUUUUCAUUUGGCAUUUUGACUUCACUCAAUAUAUAUGGACAUCUGCUUGGUCUUCAUUUGCUAGAAA